AUGUGAUCUAUGACGUCUACCGCGGAAACCACGUGGUACAGCUUUACACGCGCAUGAAGCUGCUGUUAUUGCCACCCCUAAGCUAGUCUGUAGUUUUAACAACAGUACAGGCUUUAAAGUACAAUACCUUUGUUAAAACCAUGUCUGGCAAAUCGGAAUUGAAAAUAAACUCCAAGUUCGCUCAGAAAUAUGAGAAAUACCGACAGAAAGAAGAGCUGCAGAGACGUAAGUUUGUCAUUCCGAGCUAACUGUGCUAACUGUGAUGCUAGCAGUCCAACGUGGGGAAGCACAACCAGCUUUACUUGUUUUCAGUGUGGCAAGUGUGUGUGAUAUUUGUGUGUUUUCUGUUGCUAUGCAGUGAAGGAUCGAUAUGGAGACCGAGAUGAUGAGAGUGACUCUGAAUCUGAGUCCAGCUCUGAUGACAGUGAAGUGGUGAGCACGCCUGCUUAAUCUCUGUCAGCCCUUCAUAUAUUAUAGGAACGAGCUUUUUUAUGUAAUGGAGUUUUGCUUUUAUUUCAACUGUUAGGAGUUGGACCCUGAAAUUGAAAAGGAUUUCUACAGAACAUUAUCUCUUCUGAAGAAGAAAGACCCGAAGAUCUAUCAGACUGAUGCUCAGUUCUACUCAGAAGGUGAUUUUUGUUUGUUUGUGCUCUAAUCAAAUAACAACACAGCUAAACUGUGUCACAUGCCUCCACAGUGUGAUUUACAGCAUUUACACCUUUAGUGUAUUUGAGGGGGACCUAGCAUCCAAUUAGACAUUCCUCUUUCCAAGAGGAAUGUCUAAUUGUUAUUCACCAGACCUACAGCCACCUUAAAUGGGUUCUGGCCCAGAGAGGGUGCCCACUAGAUCAUGUUUAUGUAUGGUUUUCUCUUUGCAUGUUAUAGUUUUAAUUUGAGUUUUUUUGGUUUACUGAACUUAAAGUUUACUGAACUUAAUUCAAUGUCAAAUGUUUCCAUAAGUGAUAUAAAGUCCAUGCAAUGAUUUUCACUACAGAGCUGUGUCUAUAGAGCACUUCACUAAUGGAAUAAAAGGAAAUAAAACAAUGAUAAUAAUGAUAAUAAUAAAAUAUUAUAUAAUAAACUGUUUUAAAAUCAAACAAUAAAAGAAAAUAAACAAAUAGUGUUAAAAUAUACUAAAAGAUAAAAAUAAAAUAUACUAAAAAUGGUCAUUACACAGUGUUUAAUAAAAUAUGGGGUUUCAAUUUUUUUUGCAAACCAUCAAAAUCUAAUUUUGUAAACAUUUUCAUUGUGCCCUAACUUUUGAAAUGUACAGUGCCUUGAAAAAGUAUUCAUACCCCUUGAACUUUUUCACAUUUUGUCACUCUACAACCACAAACUUAAUAGUAUUUCAUUGAGAUUUUUUGUCAUAGACAAACACAAAGUAGCACAUGAUUGUGAAGUGGAACGAAAUAAUACAUGGUUUUAAAAAAUUUAAACAAACAAAAAUCUGAAAAGUGUGGUGUGCAUUUGUAUUUAGCCCCCCUGUGUCAAUACUAUGUAGAGCCACCUUUCGCUGCAAUUACAGCUGCAAGUCUUUUGGGGUAUGUAUCUACAAGCUUUGCACAUCUAGAGACUGAAAUUUUUGCCCAUUCUUCUUCGCAAUAUAGCACAAGCUCAGCCAGAUUGGAUGGAGAGCGUCUGUGAACAGCAAUUUUCUUACCACAGAUGCUCAAUGGGAUUUAGGUCUGGACUUUGACUUGGCAAUUCUAACACAAGAAUAUUCUUUGAUCCAAACCAUUCCAUUGUAGCUCUGGCUGUAUGUUUAGGGUCCUUGUCUUGCUGGAAGGUGAAUCUCUUUCCCAGUCUCAAGUCUUUUACAGCCUCCACCAGGUUUUCUCCCAGGAUUGCCCUGUAUUUAGCUCCAUCCAUCCUUCCAUCAACUCUGACCAGCUUCUCUGUCCCUGCUGAAGAAAAGCAUCCCCACAGCAUGAGGCUGCCACCACCAUGUUUCACAGUGGGGAUGGUGUGUUCAGGGUGAUGUGCAGUGUUUCUUUUCCGCCACACAUAGCGCUUUGCAUUCCGGCCAGAAAAUUCAACUUUGGUCUCAUCUGACCAGAGCACCUUCUUCCACAUGUUUGCUGUGUCCCCUACAUGGCUUGUGGCAAACUGCAAACAGGACUAUUUAUGUCUUUCUGUCAACAAUGGCUUUCUUCUUGCCACUCUUCCAUAAAGGCCAGAUUUGUGGGGUACACAACUUAUAGUUGUCCUGUGGACAGACUCUCCCACCUGAGCUCCUCCAGAGUGACCAUGGGCCUCUUGGCUGCAUCUCUCACCAGUGCUCUCCUUGCUUGUUCUGUCCGUUUAGGUGGACGGACAUGUCUUGGUAGGUUAGCAGUUGUGACAUACUUCUUCCAUUUUUGGAUGAUGGAUUGAAAAGUACUCCUUGAGAUGUUCAAAUCUUUGGAUAUUUUUUAUGACCUAACCCUGCUUUAAACUUCUCCACAACUUUCUCCCUGACCUGUCUGGUGAGUUCUUUGGUCUUCAUGAUGCUCUUUGUUGACUAGUGUUCUAUCACAAAGCCCUGAGGCCUUCACAGAACAGUUGUAUUUAUGCUGAUACUAAAUUACACACAGGUGGAUUCUAUUAACUAAUUAGGGGACUUCUGAAGGCAAUUGAUUGCACUUCAUUUUAUUUAGGGGUAUCAGAGUAUGGGGGUCUGAAUACAAACGCACACCACACUUUUUAGAUUUUUGUUUAAGUUUUUGAAAACCAUGUAUCAUUUUCGUUCCAUUUCACAAUUAUGUGCUACUUUGUGUUGGUCUAUGACAGGCAAGUCCAAACUAUUCCACAAAGGGCCGUGUGGCUGCAGGUUUUUCUUCCAACCAAUCAAGAACAUGCAGUCUGACCAAUCAGCUGUCUGCAGACUGAGAUCAGCUGAUGAAAUGAAUCAAGUCUGGUGUGCUGCUGCUUGGUUAGGAGAAAAAUCUGCAGCCACACUGGCCCUUUGUGGACUAGUUUGGACAUGCCUGGUCUAUGACAAGGAAUCUCAAUAAAAUACUUUUAAGUUUGUGGUUGUAGAGUGACAAAAUAUGAAAAAGUUCAACGGUAUAAAUACUUUUUCAAGGCACUGUAUGUGGAAAGGUAUUCUCAAAGUUAGUAGUAAGGUUUUCAAUCUUGCAUUGUGCAUUAAACCUGUGCCAACCCCUCAACAAAUGUGGCAUCAUAAGGCCUUAAACCAGCUCUGUGUGAUGCAUGUGCAGUCGUAAAGAACUAUCUUCAAUAAAUAUCUUUAUGUUUAAAGUGUCCACAAGUGAGGAGAAGCCUUCAACCUCAAAGAAAGCAGUGAAGCCCAUGUACCUGAAGGAUUAUGAGCGUAAAGUUAUCCUGGAAAGAGAAGGGUAUGAGGGUACUAAUUACGUUAUGACAAUAUGCAGCUUUAGGUAUGGGUCCCAUUCACCCUUAUGUGAUACAUGUUUGUUUUAUUUCUACAGAAAAUUUGAGGAUGAUGAUGACAGUGAUGAUGAGGAGGCUGCUAUGAGAUUUGAGGUAGACUUAAGUACAAAUAUUUUUAUUUCUGUGGCAGUAGUGACAAAUAUGUUAUUUAUUAUGUUUGUUGGUUUACUCCACAGAGAGCCGCCUCCCCAAGCUAUGUUCAGGAGCAGAGGGAGCUGAAGGAAAGGUGAGACUCAAACAGUGUGUAGGUAAGAGGCCAUAAGAUGGAUUUACAUAUCAUUCAUUGACACUUAAAUCUGUCCUCAGCUUCCGCAAGUUCAUCCAGGAAAGUGAUGAGGAUGACGAUGAAGAUGGUAAAGGAGAGAAAGACUCCCAGCUGCUGACCAGGAGGGUAAAAACGCAGGAAGAAAAGGUCAGAGGCGGUUACAGGUUACCUUGAGAUAAAACUGGUUCUAAAAAUAAAAAGCUGGAUGAACUCAUCUGUGUGUGUUUGUAGGAUAAAGAAGAAGCAGACUAUGUGGAGUGGCUGAAGGGUCAGACAGAGCUGGAGGGCCCAGAGGAGGUGAAGGACAUGGUGAGUGAGACCCAUGGUCUUUGCAAAGGAUUGGGGAACCUUUUUAAGGUGCUUUUGUGGCCCAAAGUACGAAGGGUUAUACUCCACUGACACGAUUUCUUCAAUUACAGACCAUAAUUUAUUCCAUGAAUACUCAUAUUACUACAUUAUUGUCUGUCUAUAAGUUAAGUGCCAAGAGCCACAGGUACUUUGGUAAGGCUUAUUUUCAAUCAAUCAAUUAAUCAAUCAAUCAAUCACUUUAUUAAUGAAGCACUUUCCAUACAUGGCUUGUAUCACAAAGUGCUGUACACAGGGGAUACAAAAUAAAGAAAAUAAAUAAAAACCCCACCCUCCAAGCCCAAAUUUAAUAGACGUAAAAAGACGUAAGACGUAAAAGCAAAUCAGAUAAAUAAGGAGGACCAAGAACAUUAAGACACUUAUAAACUAAUAAAAGAACCUUAAAAUCUAUUCUCAAAGAUACAGGAAGCCAAUGCAGAGACUUUAAAAUUGAUGUAAUGUGGGCUCUCCUCCUGGUCUUCGUCAGCAUGCAUGCAGCCGAAUUUUGCAGCAGCUGAAGCUGUGAAAUGUUCUUUUUAGGAAGACCAGAGAGGAGAGCAUUACAAUAAUCAACUCUGCAGGUAAUAAAAGCAUGGAUAAGAGUCUCCGCAUUUGGCUUGAGAGAGAAACUGGCGGACUAGGGAGAUGUUCUUAAGGUGAUAAAAAGCCUUAUUAUUAGUUCACAGAACUGAACAUUCUCCGUAACAUUGGAUUCAUUUUUUGUAAAAAUUUUUGCCAUGUGUAUUGCUAGCUACCAAAACUGUUGAAAGUGAUACAAAACAGUUUUUAGAAAUAGAAAUAGAAAGCAUGUUGGGACAUGUGCGAAGGAACCCUUGCUUAAAUCGCUCAUGAGAUGUCUUUGUGUGUGUUGGUCUAGAAAUACUUGAGGGACUACUGGAACGAUCCUGAACUGGAUGAGAAAGAGCGUUUCCUGCGAGAUUAUGUCUUAAACAAGGGCUACCUGGAUGAGGAGGGCGAGGAUGAACGGUAUGUUGCUGCCUGUUUGAUUUGUUUUAGGACUGCAGGAUAUUGUAAAGAUAGGCAGUGCCAUUCAUAUAGAUCUAAACCUGCCAUGCUGAUACUCUUUUUGCUGAUUGUGCAGAAAAAAAAUGUACAACUUGAUGAUUUUUCCCAAAAGUUGGCACACUGUGUAAAAUGUAGGGAAAAAAUCGUGAUGGGGCGCUGCUGGCCGAGCAGUCUAAGCACAUAAACUAUACUUUAACAUAAAGUAUAUUACAUCUAAAAAGAACAUGAGGUUAGUUUCUUUUGAUGUCUUGGUACCUUGUUAGUUUUCCUAGCAGCAGAAGCAAAGCAGACAUAAAGCUCAAUUUGAAGAUCAACAAAUGUUCCUGGUUCAUGAAGGAUCCCGACCUAUGACGAGGUGGUUCAGGACGACGUGGAGGAUUCUGAAGAGGAAGGUGAGACGUUCCUGGAGCGACAGGCGGAAUUUGAGAGAAACUACAACUUCCGCUUCGAAGAGCCAGAUGCGCAGGAGAUCAAAACGUACCCCCGUAACAUUGCCACAUCUGUGCGCUCCAAAGACGACCGCCGCAAACAGAAAAGAGAGGAAGUGAAAGAAAGAAAGCAAAAGGUACACAAAAUUCAAACUCUCUAAUCUAACUGGGCCUGUGAGCUCUCUUUAUGAAGAUUUGGUCUUUUAAGUACUAAAUCCUUUGUGACCUGAUCUGGGUUUCAGGAGAAAGAGCAGAAGCGGGAGCAGCUGAAGCAGCUGAAGAACCUAAAGAGGAACGAGAUCAUGGAGAAGCUGAACAGACUGAAGGAGCUGACAGGAAACGAGCAACUCGCCUUCAGUGAGGUCGACCUGGAGGGAGAAUUUGAUCCUCAACAGCAUGAUCAGCUCAUGCAGGUGGAUUUUAACUCACACUCCUAUAAAAUGCAAACUCACCCUCACUAGAAUACUCUGAAACAGCUGCUGUAACACUUUGACUUUCUACCUCAUUCUGAUGGAAUCGUUUUCGUUGGAGAAAUAUGUUUGGAUUCAUUGUUUACGUCGGACUGUCUUCUUCAAAAAUGACCGUUUUGAAAAAUCUUUACCAGUGCUCAAAGGAAGCCUGUCAUCCAAUCAGAUCACCUGAACACACCUCACACAGGUGUGCUCUGUUUAGCUGAUGAGAGGACUCCUGACUUAAAACCAGCCACCAUGCCCAAUGGUGUUGCAGAUAAAGCUCACUUGGUUUUUGGUAUUCUUGUUUCACUGUUGUUCAUCUCUCAGUGUUUUUGCCUUUCCCUGUCUGUAGAAGUUCUUUGGAGAUGAAUACUAUGAUGAAGACGAAGGGGAGAAGCCUCAGUUUGAAGAGGAUGAUGAACUUGAGGGUAAGCCUGUUUUUUUUCCCCUCGUGUUCAGCAACAUUUAUACAUAAUUAAAGGUACAAAAAGAGGCAAAAUCACACCAUGUUUUACAAGCUAAUCCCUCAACCACACAUUGAAAGGCACAGAAUAAUAGCGCAGGGUUAGACUAAACUGUGAUUGUAAAUCUGUCAUAAAAAUAUUUUCAAUAGAGCACUGGAACUGGGACACAUGGACAGGAGAGGGUCAGGAGGAAGACGACGAUGGAGAGGAAGACUAUGGUGUCUCUCAGCCACACUGUGACGACGAAAACUUCAUCGUGAGUCGGCUUAUUUCACACACACUGUCGAGUUAUCUUUGAAAAGAGAAAUCCGGUAACCAAACGUGCUCUUGUUGGUGCAGAUGGAUGCAGACUAUGACCCCAGCCUGCAGACGGCCUCCAAGAAGAAGAAGAAAAAGGAGAGGAAGAAGCUGAUGAAGGAGGAUUUGCCUCAAAUGGGGAAAAGGAGAAAAAAGUCUCACUUUGCAGAAGUCAUCACCCAAGAGAAGCCGGUGUUCGACCCCCGUAAGUGUCUGUAAACAGCCUGGAGUUUGAACAGGACUCGCCUCUGUCUUAAACUCUCUGAGCCAAUGAGCAUUCAUUGACCCAACACAACCUGCUCAGUUUAAGACAGCUGCACUUUAUGAAUCAGAGGAGAACCCUGAAAUUUAAAUCUGUCCUGUUAAACUGUGAAAAACGGAUAAUGAUGGGCCUUGUGUUUGGUCUUACGUGAACAAAACGGUUUAUUCUGCGGCAGUAAUUGCUGCAGUCUACUCAGAUUUGGAUUUAGAAAUCCGCUAAUUUGAACAAAAAAACAUGUCUAAUGUCGUUCUUUUUACAAACUCUUAAAGUCGGGUGCAGCACGGUCUCGCAGCUUUCAUCACUGAGAAAAGAAAUGCAGGGCUGGCAAACUGUUUUAAAAAAGGUUACAAUAAAAAAAAAAACCUGAUUGCAUAAAUGCUUUUAGUUAUUGAUUACAGCUGCAGCUUUGAGUAUCUAAAACAAAACGUUUUGGGAUUUAUUUUCUGGGGCUGGGAUUUUAAAGUAAUUCUGAGGUAAUAUGUUAAAAUACACAUCAGGGCUCUGCAGGCUUAAAAAUGAGUCUCUAUUAGUUGGGUUGUCUAAGUUGUGGCUGUGUGUUUUGCAGAGGAGAAAAGCUUCGAGCAGUAUCUAGAUGAGUACUACAAGCUGGACUAUGAGGACAUCAUCGACGACCUCCCGUGCAGAUUUCGUUACAGACAAGUUCUCCCAAAUGACUUUGGCCUCAGCACUGACGAGGUGAGAGCUGAAACGCGUCCACUUCACCCUGAUACUGUUUGCUAAGCCCCUGUUAUCAAUGUAAUUGCUGCCAAGUUAUCAUUUAGCGGCAAACGGUCAACUUUAUGAAGGAUUAAACAACUAAAGAACAAUAAAUAUGCAAACUUGAUAAAUUCUUCAGAGUACUGCUGCAGUGAUGAGUCUGAUAGAGACUGAUCUGGUAUUGAUUUCCCUCCGGGGAAAACUCUGACCAGGGAAUGAUCUCACUUUAAUCUUCUCUCUGAGCAGAACACACACAUGCUAAUUUUAAAUUUGUAACUCUAUAAAGUUCACCUCGUCGUCCCAACACUUCAACUGUGAUUGACUUCUUCCCUCAGAUUUUAAAAGCCAGUGAUCAGGACUUGAACCGAUGGUGCUCUCUGAAAAAAACCUGCAUGUUCAGGUACAGUCCUUACCUCUCAUAUAAAGUCUGUCACCUUUUUUUUUUAGUUUUAUUUUUUUUUUCUUUGAAUCAUGUAACAAUCCUGGACCAUGUCUUUUUUUUUCCAUCUCAGGUCUGACAAGGAGGAAGUGAGUGAUUUGAAGAACUACAAAAUAAAGGCUCAAAAUGAAAAGAAGAAAAAAGAGAUCCUGAGCUCCAUGUACUCUGAGUAAGAGAGAUUUAUCUACUGAAAGCUCUCUUAUGUAAUCCAGUCAGUUGUAAUUAGUCAUAUUUUUAUUUAACAAUUUAUCUCUGAUUUCUUUUCCUCUACAGGGAGGAUAAAGAGGAUGUAGAAGGUAAGACUAAAGCUGGAAAGAAGCGAAGGGAUCGCCUGAAGAACGCUGAGAAGGAAGGCCAAGGUGAAGAAGAUGGUGAUGCUUCAUCUGCUGUAGACCCCACGAGAGAAACUCUAGCUCAGGCCCUCAGACAGGAUGAAGAAGAAGAGGAUGAAGAGAUUAUGACACCUGUGAAAAAGAAAAUGAAAUCAGAAGAAGAGCCUGAGGUGACAGUUCCUGCUGAGGAAGCAGGAGAUAAAGAGGGAGAGGUGGAAAACAGGACUGAGAGGCCAAAAUGGUCCAAGAAGAAGCAGAAGCACUCAGGCCAACGUUUGGGAUCAGGAUCCACCAGGGUGAGAAUAGGAGGCCGGGAGUUCAGCAGGCAGAGACUGAAGGCGUACGGUCUGAACCCCAAGAGACUGUUCUUCAGGCAGCUGGGCAGGCAGAGACGAAAAGCUCAGGAGAAGAAAGAGAAGCAGAAAAAUCAAAAGUCAUAACUGCAGGUUCUUCUCUAGUUGUGUGGUCCAAUGAUCAAAUUGUAAUUAAAUUUCACUUUUACAUUAGAGGUGUUAACCUCUUCAUUUUUAUGUGAAUACUGCCACUUAUAAUUGCUGAACAGAUUUAAACUAAAAUUCACAACUGUAACUUUGCAGUUUAAUUAAGUUGCCUUUCAGAAUAUUGGCAAUUUGUAAUAUCUGAUAAGGUUUGUAAAUAAAGUGCCAAAAACUUACU